UUGUAAGGCCCACGGGAAAGCCCAUUCAGGUUUCGGUGAACUUACUGUUGAAGAAAAUAGAAAAGCCGCCACCUAAUAAACAAAUAAAACGGUAAUUCCCGCACGGCCACCGCCACCCCUUACCACUUCCACCGCCACCACACAGAUUAAGCUUCCUACCCAGAGGAGAAUAAGUUCCAGAAUAGAUACAGAAAGAAGCUGGAGUGGCAAGGACCACAGUAUUUUACUCCUUAUUUUCGAGAAAAAAAAAAAGGCCUGCAAAGCAUAUGUUCGAUAUAAUGCUCAACAGAAUAUGUAUAUAUAGGUAGUGAUUAUGCUUGGGAUUUGAGUUUCAGUUUUGCAGGUCUGGACUGGUUAAUCAUGGCUUAUAAACACGUAGGAAUAUGUCUGCAAGGUUCAAGAUAUUAUAAAGCCAAGCACAAUGAAGCUCUGCAUUUGACUGUAAUGUUAUAUCACUGCCCUGCAGAGCCCCCUAAUGCAUGGUAUGAGAAAGUGUUUCCAAAGAUAACAAGAUUGAGCCAGUUAUAUAAAAAUGUGGAUUUGAUUGAUGGAAGACUAGUUAAUGUCAAAGAUGAUUCAGUUGUCAUUGAUGAGCGUGUUGAGAGCAGAAUGCGUACUUUCAAGUCUUUUGUGAGGGUUUUUCUUGGGUGUCCUUCAGUUCAGAGAAGCAUACAGAAGAAUGUGGUGGCCUCCUUAGGGGGUUCAAAAAGUGCCCCACUGAUUUGUUUUGAUAAACCAAGUGAAAGGGAGCCUUUGGUUGUGAAUUCACUCACCAAGGUGAGCAACUACCUUAAAGUUUCUGCCCAGCAAAGGAAGUCUGUACGUCUCACGAUAUGCCCGCAGGUUACACAGCACCGGAUAUGGACUGGUGCACUUGAGGAGAUAUUGAAUGGAUUGAAAUUAGAGAUUGAUUUAUUGAACGAUCAAUGCCCCAGCCAAGGAACCAAGAUGGGUCGGCAGAUUGUUUCCACUUGUCUAAAGUUUUUAGCUGACACGGACACUUCCAAUGAUCUUGAUUCCAUGUCAUGGAUGAAGCUUAACUCUGCAAAAGUUGUUGAUUCUCCUGUUUCCAGUAAAUGGGAAGAAGCCCUUGAGAUGGUCAAUGAUCUCAUCAAAUGUUUAGACAGUGAAAAAGGGUUACUUCAUCAUGUGUCAAAGCUUGAAGCCAUGAGAGAAGGAUUGUCUCAGAUCAAGGAUGUGUUGGUUGAUAAACAUAUUGGAUACAAGGAAAUUAGACAUCAAGAAAGCUUAGUGCACAAGAAACUUUCCAAGACUUUGGGCCACUCAUCACAAUGCUUAUUCACACUCCUGUUGUAUUAUCUGUAUGGACAAGUUAGAGACAUCGAAGUGGAUGUUUGUGGUAAUAUAUAUGCAAGUGGUGAGAAACGGUUCACAUUGUGCAUGGGAAGAAUUCUGACAUCAGGUGAGGAGAAGAUGGUCUGGAGAGGAGUUAAGCAGCUGGACAGGGCACUUGGAUUGUUCAAGUUCAUAUGGGAAACAGCAAGCAUGGAAGGAGCUUUGGACUUGCAAGGUCACUUAUGGUGUGUAGGGGCCGAAGAGAGGUCACUAACAUACAGAGGAAAUUCUUUCUUUUUAUGUAACAUCAGUCUUUAGCAUUUGAGGGCUGAUAAUUUUGGUGUUAGUGAUAAAUAGUCACUGUGUUAUGUGAAUGUCAAAUUCAGAUAUGCUCCUAAUUUUUUCAGUCUGAUUUGAUAAUUGAAGUUGUAUUAACUGGCCUGUGCCAAAGUUUCUCAUAAAAUUGACUCAAACCUACGACAAAUUUGCCAUCACGAUGUAUUCAUUUUCUGUUGGAUUAAAUUGGUUUAAUAUAUAUAUA